UGUGACACGGAGGAAUGACCCACAUCGGUGGUCAGCGUUCGUAGCUUUUAAAAGUGUUAUGUGAUUCACGGCACUGUCACAUUUCAACAAACAGAACAUGGCUCAACUUUGGUAUAUUGUGCUGCUGCUGCUGCUGUGCAGCGCUGCUCCGCUGUCAGCGGCACCGACAGGAGGCAGCUUCCGGUCGGGCACAGGCAGGUUCUGGCACAUCACUGACCUCCACCUGGACCCGACCUACCACCUGACGGCGGAUCCCACCAAGGUCUGCUUCUCCUCAAAAGGAGCCCCCACCAAAAACGCUGGCCUGUUUGGCGACUUCCUGUGCGACUCGCCGUAUCGCCUCAUCCAGUCUGCCUUCGCCAACAUGGCUCUGCUCACACAGCAGCAGGACUUCAUCAUAUGGACCGGUGACAGUCCACCUCACGUCCACGUCGAUGACCUCUCCACAGAGACGGUGAUCCAGGUGAUCGGUAACAUGACCCAGACCGUCAGACAACACUUCCCCAACCUGACGGUCUUUCCUGCGCUGGGGAACCACGACUACUGGCCACAGGACCAGAUGCCGACCUCCACCAACGCCAUCUACAAGGCUGCUGCUGAGCUGUGGAAGCCGUGGCUGCAGACAGAAGCUCUGCUCACACUCUCGCAAGGCGGUUUCUACUCCCAGCUGGUGAAGCCUGGUCUGCGUGUGGUCAGUCUCAACACCAUCCUUUACUAUGGACCCAACAAAGUCACCAGCAACAUGACGGACCCUGCUGGACAGUUCCAAUGGCUGGAGAAAACUUUGGAUAAAGCUGCUCAGAGCCUGGAGAAGGUGUACAUCAUAGCCCACGUACCUGUCGGGUAUCUGCCAUUUGUCAAAAACAUCACUGCAAUCAGAGAAACGCACAACGAGAGGCUGGUGUCCAUCUUCAGGAAAUACAGUCACGUCGUCGCGGGUCAUUUCUAUGGCCACACCCACCGCGACAGCAUCAUGGUGCUUUUGGACCAGAAAGGUAAACCCCUGAAUUCCCUGUUUGUGUCCCCGGCUGUUACACCGAUCAAGCAUGUUAUGGAGCCGUACUCCAACAACCCGGCUUUCCGCAUGUACCUGUACGAAGCCGAGGACUUCGGCGUGUUGGAUAUCUGGCAGUACUAUUUGAAUCUGACGGAAGCCAAUGAGAAACAAAGACCUGACUGGAGGCUUGAAUAUAUCAUGACUGAGGCUUUUGGACUGACUGACCUGCAGCCUCAGAGCCUGCUCCAGCUCGGCCUGAGCUUCAGGCUGCCGCAGACCAAGUCCUUUGAGCGGUAUUUCAGGAACUUCAUGGUCAACUAUGACGGCAGCAUCAUGUGUGAGGGAGACUGUAAGGUGAACCAGGUGUGCGCUGUCCUGUGCCUGGACCAGACGUCCUACUCCAAAUGUGUCGCGCAGGGAAAAUGGUAGCAAAGUGAAAACUGGAGCAAAAUGAGCCUUAUUCCUCUCAGGUGUCGCAUUUAGAUGGGGACUUUUUUUAACAUUCAUUUUAAAUCGUUUUUAUUCUCAUUUAAUUGUGACAAAAGGUUUUCAAUGAUCUGCCUCCCUGUUAAUCUUGACUAUUUUAUACUUUUACAAGCUGGUGUUUCAUGUGAUCAAAGUGUUUGUUUUUAAAUAUUAGAUGCCGCCCAGUUCUCCAAAACAAAACUAUUCUCUUAUAUCAUGUACAAAAAAUGGUUCCCCACCAGUAGUAUGUAUUCUGAGAGAAUGUGUGACUUCCACUAGAGCAAUAAGAGCAUUAAUCCGUUUAUUUCUCGAAACAAAACUCAAACAUCUUAUUCUGAUUAAUUUAUUUCUUAUAAAAUAGUAACAUUACUCUAUUACCCUAUGCUUUUUUCUUUAACUCAUUGAUUACUAAAGAAGAUAUUUUGAUGAUUCACUUGGUUACUCAGUUAUUUAGUGGACUUCUUGAAUGCACCUUGAAGCUUCUCCUCUGAACUCAACACCCCGUAGAUCCAGCAGAAGAGUUGAAAUUUACCAGCGUUCUUUGAAUGCAUCUUGUAAGCGGUGGCCAUUUAGCUCAACACAUUGCAAACCCUGCCUUGCCUCCACUAGCUCUCAUGCGCUGGGGUUGAGAAUAUUUGAAGAAAGAUACCAAAUCAAAUCAAAUCGCAUUUAAUGCUCGAAAAAUACCCAGCUCUUAUAUUUACCCACGUUUAUAGUCUGGAUGUUUUAAUUCCUCAGGGAUUUCGCAUAUUUAUUCUAAACAAUAAUCCUCAGUUUAAUACUUAAAUCUGUGGAAAUAAUGUAUAUGUAUAUAUUAUUUUUCCGUGCUGCUAAGUGUCUGAGGUUACGAGGAUUGCUGGAAAUAAUUGUUUUGUGGUCUUGUGUCAGAAAGGCUCCGCCCACAUGGACACGUGGUUUGUUCCCAUAAUCUCUCUCUGAAGUGCUGCCCUCAACCCUCAAACCCUCAAAAAAAACCAACUGGUAUCUGUUCCAUAGGAGUCUUUUUCUUUUAUCUUUCCUUAUUUCACUAAUGUUUUAUUGUAUCCAAUCUUUAAAAUCACUUGAUGCUGGUUGAGCAUUUUUUUUAUCUUCUGUAUCCUCUGAAAAAAAGAGCAGAUUUACGGAUGGUGUUGAUGAUUCUCUUGCCUCAGAGCAGCUGUCGUCUUUAACUCCAGGACUUGCGAUUGUCAAACGUGUGCAAUAAUAAUAAUAAUGAUGAUAAUAAUGAUGAUAAUACUACACAACAGGGGAAAUAGGAAUCAUUUUUGUAAUUUUUCUGCUUAUUUUUCUACCAAAUAAAGACCUUUUUAUUCAAA